ACGCUAGACCACCGCAAAAUGUUUCGGAAGUUAGGUCGUUCGUACAGUUAGUACAGUAUUCGGCAAAGUUUAUCCCGGACUUUGCGCAGAUUGCAGAGCCGUUGCGUCGUGUACUAAGAAAGGGACAGUCGUUCGUUUGGGGGUCAGAGCAACAGCAGGCGUUUGAGAAGCUGAAAUGGAUGAUGACUAGGGCUGAAGCCCUGGCUUAUUUUAGAAACGACUGCAAAACGAGAAUCGUCGCGGAUGCAGGGCCGGAGGGAAUUGGAGCUGUGUUGCUACAACUGCAAGGAGACCAGUGGAGAGCGGUGUCGUAUGCCUCCAGGAACCUCUCGGACGUAGAGCGGCGAUACGCCCAAACAGAGAAGGAAGCACUUGCACUCGUGUGGGCUUGCGAGCGGUUUAAUAUAUAUGUGUAUGGUCGUGAAUUCGAACUGGAAACUGACCAUAAGCCACUAGAGUGUAUUUUCAACAAGACAUCGAAACCCUCAGCAAGGAUCGAAAGAUGGGUAUUACGGCUUCAGUGCCACAACUUCAAGGUCGUUUACCGGCCUGGAAAGACGAACAUUGCCGAUGCUUUGUCUAGAAUGAACCAGAAGAGUCCAAAAGACCACAGCAGCGAGAAAGAGGACGUCAUCCGUUUCGUUGCCAUACAAGCGACACCCGUGGCCUUAACGACUAAAGAAAUAGAGAGAGCGUCAGAAAUCGACGCUGAAUUACAAAGUGUGCGAUACUAUAUCGAAUCGGGAGAUUGGACUAAAUGUAAACUGUCGGCAUAUGCGUGUGUAAAGAAUGAGCUCUGCAUGAUUGGUAGACUUGUUUUACGGGGGAAUCGAAUCGUUAUUCCUCAGAUGUUGCGAAGAAAGGUUUUGGAAGCGGCACAUGAAGGCCAUCAAGGAAUUGUAAAGACGAAAAGCAGAUUAAGAACGAAAGUAUGGUGGCCCAAGAUGGACAUAGAUGCUGAACGAGUGUGUAAAUCGUGUCAUGGAUGUCAAGUAGUCAGCCAGUAUAAUGUACCGGAACCCAUGAAACGGACCGAGAUGCCUACAGGCCCAUGGCAAGAUGUCGCAGUAGACUUGAUGGGGCCAAUGCCAACCGGAGAAUACUUGCUGGUAGUCGUGGAUUACUAUAGUCGAUACUACGAAGUUUCCAUUAUGCACUCAACAACUUCAGAAAAGAUUAUCAAAGCGCUAAACGAAAUUUUUGCUAGAUUUGGUUUUCCUUACUCGUUGAAAUCAGACAACGGGAGACAGUUUGUUAGUGAGGAUUUCAAGAGGUUUUUACAACAAGCGAAUAUUGAACACAGAACGUCACCACCACUUUGACCACAAGCUAACGGUGAAGUGGAGCGCCAAAAUCGCACUCUUCUCAAGGCACUAAAAGUGGCCCAAGUUGAAGGCAAGGAUUGGAGAAAGGAGUUACCACAAUUCCUUCUUGCGUAUAGAACAACACCGCAAGUCACAACUGGAAAAACACCAGCGUUCCUUAUGUUCAAACGUGAACUGAGAAGUAAACUUCCAGAACUUAGGGGAGAUAUAGACGACUUUGAUGAGAACAUAAGGGAUCGCGAUUGGCGAAACAAGCUAGUACAAAAAGCUAAUGCAGAUGAAAAAAGGAGGGCAAAUGAUAGCACUAUUCUACCAGGAGACCAAGUACUACUACGGAACACUAAAACGUCAGGGAAGUUAGCUGCCAACUACGAAAAGGAGCCGUAUACGGUGGUCACGAAGGAGGGGAACGAAGUGAUGGUAGAGGCGGACGAUGGCUCGAUCUUUAGGAGAGACAGUUCAUUUGUAAAACCAUAUAAUAAUCCAGUGGAGUCAGCUACGGAAAGCGAGUCCCAACAACAGCCGCAACCGGAUAGCGAAACGGUUAUCACCAAUAGACUUAAGCGGGAGAUUAGAUUACCCGAGCGAUUCAAUGAUUUUAUCAUGGACAAACCAAAGUGAUACAAAUAUAUUACGAAACAGUAUGAACACGAUAGUUCGUGUAGUUGAAGUUAUGAUUGGUUGUUCGAACACUAAAUUGACUGGAAAG